GCCCGGCACGUCUUCGUCUAGACACUCUCUCGAGUUGCCGAGUCGAAGGAGCGUCUGGUUAUUGUUGACAAUUAUUAUCGUAAAUUGAUCAAUCGCGUUAGUUGCGCGGCUCCACUAGAAGCGACGACGAUGGAGCGAAAGAUGAGCUCGUUGGCGUGCUCCGUUUUCAACGAGCUGCGCCUGGAGGGGAAGCUCUGCGACGCGGUGAUCCACAUCAAAGAUCGCGAGUUCACCGUGCACAAGAACAUCCUGUGCAGCUGCAGCAACUACUUCAGGGCGCUGUUCACGGGCAGCUGGAGCGAUGCAGGGAGGCGCGAGUUCAUGAUCCCGGGCGUGGAACCCGAGGCGAUGGAACUCAUCAUUGAGUACGCGUACACGCGCACCCUGCCCGUCACGUGCGCCAACGUGGAGCGGCUGCUGGUGGCCGCGGACCAGUUCAACGUGAUGGGCAUCGUGCGCCUGUGUUGCGCCUUCCUGCGGGAGCACAUCAGCUUCGACAGCUGCGUCGAGGUCUACAGGUUCUCCGGCUUCUACGCUCUGCACGAUCUCCAGCAGAGCGCAUUCGCCUUCAUGCUGCAAAACUUCGAGGCGCUGGCUGGUUCCAGGGAGCAAUUUUGCGAGCUGACGGCGGAUGAGCUGGAGCUGGUGCUGAGCCAGGAUGAGCUGACUGUGCGGAGCGAGCACACCGCGUACGACGCAAUCCUCACGUGGCUCUCGAGGGACGUGGAGACGCGCACGCGGGACGUGCCGCGACUCCUCGCCAAGCUGCGCUUGUCCCUCAUGAGACUCGACGUCUUCCUCGGCCACCUGGACCAAUUCGAGCGGAUCAGGGAUCACAUAGACUGCCGGGAGACGAUCUGUGGUGCCGUGCAGGCCCUGCUGGCGGCGGACGGGCCCGCGCUCCGGCGCCCGCGCCUGCCCUCCUCCGUGCUCUUCGCUGUGGGGGGCUGGAGCGCCAGCAGCCCCACCAAUGCCGUGGAGGCGUUCGACGCGCGCUCCGACUCCUGGCGCAACGUGACCCCCGAGCACGAGUUUAGCCCCCGCGCCUACCACGGCACCGCCUUCCUGCGCCCCCACGUGUACGUGGUGGGGGGCUUCGACAGCGCGGACUACUUCAACGGCGUGCUGCGCCUCGAGCCGGCGAGCGGAGUGUGGAGACAGGUGGCCCCCAUGCACGAGCGCCGCUGCUACGUGAGCGUGGCCGUGCUGGGGGGGGCGCUCUACGCCAUGGGCGGCUUCGACGGCUACGCGCGCCUCAGCAGCGCCGAGCGCUACGAGCCCGAGAGCAACCAGUGGAGCGUGAUCGCCGCUAUGAACGCGAUGCGCAGCGACGCAAGCGCCACGGCCCUGGGUGGCAGGGUUUACAUCUGUGGGGGAUUCAAUGGCAACGAAUGCCUCUUCACGGCUGAGCACUACUGCCCCGAGACCAACGCAUGGACCCUCUUCUCCCCCAUGAAUGUGCGGCGCAGCGGCAUCGGAGUGAUCGCCUGCGCAGACCGCGUGUGCGCUGUGGGUGGAUUCGACGGCACAAACCGCUUGCGCAGCGCCGAGGAGUACACCCCGGCCACCGACUCGUGGAGCCCGCUGCCGGAGAUGAACCAACCACGCAGCAACUUUGGCAUCGAGGUCGUGGACGGCGUCGUCUACGCCGUGGGCGGCUUCAACGGCUUCACCACCACCUUCAACUCGGAGUGCUACGAUCGUGACGAGGACCGCUGGUUCGACGUCAGCGACAUGAGCAUUUACCGCAGCGCGCUCAGCUGCUGCGUGGUGCAGGGGCUGCCCAACGUGCGCGACUUUGUGGCCCCCCGCGACGAGGCGGCCCCCCACAACGCCGCCUCUUAGAUGUCACCCCGGACUAAACACGAAGCAGCUGCACAAUACAAAAGCAACAUUUAUGACGAGGGGAAUUGACGUUUUUAUAAAUACACUCUCGUAUUUACUACUC